AUGGUUGAUUUUAACAAACGAUCGUUUUGGAAUUUUACAUUAAAAGAUAUAUUAGCUAUUAUAAGUUCAGUCGCGAUUCCCAUAGCUCUUGCUAUUUAUACUUCAAUUAGCUCUGAACAACAAAAACAACAAGCUGAGAAAAAACAGCAGUUUGAUUUUGAACAAUCAAGAGAAUUAAGACAACAAUCAAUUUAUGAUGGAUUUUUAAAUAAUACUUAUAAAUUAGAUAAAGAUGGUUAUCUCAAUGACACAAGAAAUCCAUGGGCAUUUGCAAAUGCAUAUUAUCGUGCUGCUCAUCGUCAAUGGGAUACAGUACGUAAAGCAGAUGUUAUACAAUUUCUUAAAGAAAAACAACUAAUUGGCAGAAAUAAUUGUACUAAUGGAUGUAGAACAACAAAACUAGAUGAUAUAAUUCGUUUAAAUGAGUUAAAUUUUGAUAAGGUACAUUUAGCAAGUGAAACUGGUAUAUUAAAUAAAUUGAAUUUACAAUGCAUUUCUUUUGAUCAGGUAUCAAUGUCAAAUGUAAUAUUUUCAUUUGCUAGUUUAAAUGGUGCAUCAUUUGAUGGAGCACAGUUAGAUAAGGUGAAAUUUGAUGGUUCAUCUUUACUUUGUGUUAGUUUCAAUGGUGUAAAUCUAUCGGGAGCAGAUUUUGGAGACUCAAAUCUGACAGGUGCACACUUUUCAAACAGUGAUUUGUCAGGAGCUAAAAUAACGGAAGAUCAAAUAAAACAGGCAACGUUUGAUAAUGUAACUAUGCCAAACGGAAAGAAGAGUGAAACUACAAUCUCAACGACAACAAAAAAACCUGUAACACAAACAACAACAAUAAUAAAACCAAAAAUGUCCACAGCAUCAUCAUCAUUAAUCUCAACAACAUCACCGAUAACAACGUCAUCAUCAUUAACAACAACGGCAUCAUUGUCACCAAUGUCCACUACAACAAAAACAGCAACAUCAUCAUCAUCAACUACAUCACGAACAACAAUAACAUCAUCACCUUCCACAACAGAAGCAACAUCAACAAUAACAUCAUCAUCAACAGCCGAAGCAACAUCAUUAAUAGCAGAAGCAGCAGCAGCAACAACAUCAUCAUUGAAAGAACCGACAUCAUUCACGGCAGCAGCAACAUCAUCAACAGAAGAAACAACGACAGCAAUACCUAGUGAGUACUAUGUUAAAUCAUUUGUAGUGACUCAAAAGACGAUUGCUAGAGGUGAGGAUAUCUAA